AUGGACUUUGUUAUUGGACUUCCACGAACAAGCAAAGGAUAUGAUUCGAUAUGGGUCAUCAUCGAUCGAUUAACAAAAUCUGCUCAUUUCCUUCCGGUAAAGGUGACGUACACAGGGGAUCAUUAUCAAGAAACAAUAGGGAUGGCACCAUAUGAAGCAUUAUAUGGGCGGAAAUGUAGAUCUUCUAUCCAUUGGCAUGAGGUGGGUGAAAGAAAGUACAUAGAGCAACAAACUGGACCAGAUAUUGUGACGUCGACAAUGGAAGUCGUUCGAAAAAUUCAACAGAGGAUAGCAGUAGCCCAAAGUCGACGAAAGUGUUAUGCAGACAAACGAAGAAGACCAUUAGAGUUCCAAGUUGGAGAAAAAGUAUUUCUACGGAUAACACCAAUGAAAGGUGUUAUGAGUUUUGGACAAAAAGGAAAGUUGAAUCCAAGGUUCGUUGGACCUUUUGAAAUAUUAGACCGAAUUGGAAAAGUAGCCUAUAAAUUGACACUGCCACCAGAGUUGUCGGAUGUACAUGAUGUAUUCCAUGUGUCUAUGUUGAAGAAAUAUAUUCCUGAUUCCAGUCACGUGUUGCAACAUGAAGUUAUCCAAGUGGACAAAGACCUUACCUAUGAGGAAAAACCUGUCCAAAUCUUGAAUCGAAAGAAUAAGGUCUUAAGAAAUAGAGAAAUACCUUUGGUCAAGGUAUUAUGGAGAAGCCAUACAAUAGAAGAGGCUACGUGGGAGCGUGAAGAUGAGAUGGAAGCUAAAUAUCCUGAUUUACUCUAG